AUGUGUGAGAAAGGUUCAUUGUGCAAAUAUGUUCAUGACAAGGAUAUGAUCAGGAUAUGUCCUUUAUUUUUAGCUGGAAAAUGUUACGGUAGAGAUUGUUUGCUUUCCCAUACACCAAAUGAUUGUAAUACUCCUGUUUGUCGAUAUUAUUUGGAUAGAACAUGUACUAAUUCAAAUUGUAAAUAUCGCCACUUCAAGCCAGACCAUUAUGAUGAUCCAAAUUAUGAAAUUUUGACUUGCAGACCAUUUGCAAUCACAGGAUAUUGUGCACGAGGUAAGAAGUGUCCAUUUUUACAUUUACCGAGUUGUCCUGAUUUUGAAGAAGACAACUACUGUCGAUAUGGUAGAGAAUGCUCCUUACCUCAUAGAUUCACAUUAAGGGUACAAGAGCAAAUUGCAACACGAUCUAAUAAAUACGUCAGAGAUGAAACUGUCAUUUCAGAGGAAGUCACACCUUCUCCACAAAAGAUUGUUAUUAGCAGCUAUACUGUUGAUCCAAAGCUACUUUUUGCAGUUGAUCUGACUGGAAAUUACCAAUACUAUAUCGACAAUGAAGGGAAUCAAACAUCAAACGAUCUGAAGGAAUUUUUGAUUGAAUUGUCUGAAUCCGAAGACAAUGAGGAUGAUUUUGAUUCAGAAAGUGACAAUCCCGAAGAAGAUGACUGCGAAGGUGAUGAUUUAGAACUUAAUGGUGACUACGUAGGUGUAUAA